AUGCUCAAUUUUAAUAUAACAUUCAUUUUUUCAGCUUAUGGACCUUCAGGGCCACUUAAUUAUGGUGUCUUCUUUGUCACUUUUAUAACUUACCUGGCAACAGUUUUUGCCAAUUUAAUGUUAAUGCUGGUGAUCUACACUGACUCAAAUCUUCACAGACCUAUGUAUAUCUUUUUAUUUAAUCUGGCAAUCAAUGGAGUGAUUGGAGGCUCUGCAGUUCUGCCCAACAUCAUGAAAAACCUUCUUGACGAUGCAAAAAUGAUCUCCUAUAGCAACUGUCUGCUGCAAGUGUUCUUUAUUAAUUUUUAUGCAAUCUGUGCAUAUGCAAUAUUAACAGUAAUGGCAUAUGAUAGGUAUGUCUCUAUUUGUAAACCACUGCAAUAUCAUAAUAUAAUGACACCCACUAAGGUUAGGUUGCUUCUAGGGAUCGUUUACAUUUUUCCUUUUUGUUUUUUAGCUGUACAGAUUUACAUUACUUCCAAGUUGCCGACUUGUGGGUAUAAAAUAAAUAAGCUGUUCUGUGAUAACCUAGCAGUUGUCAGCCUGUCCUGUGUAAAAAGUGCAUUUGGAGACCUGUUUGGUUUGGCUGGGGUUGUUGUUUUUGCUGUUCUUCCUUUGCUAUUGGUUAGUCUGUCAUAUGUAAAAAUUUUACUUGUCAGUUUAAAAUCAUCAGCAAAUGCCAAGAAGAAAGCUCUAAAAACCUGUGUUCCCCAUUUAAUCACGUUUAUUAAUUUUUCAUUGGCUACCCUUUUUUCUGUGAUAUACAAUAGAUUAAAUAAUGAUCUUUCUAAAGAGCUUAAUGUUUUCAUGUCAGUACAUUUUAUUUUAGUACCACCUUUACUGCAUCCACUUAUCUAUGGAAUAAAAACUAAAACAAUAAGUAAAAGUCUUUUAAAACUUUUAAAUAAAAGGGUUUUUACUUUUUAA